AUGACGUUUGAUUCACGUAAAAAGUCAUUAUUGAGGAGUUUGACGGAUGUGCUCGAUAAAGUGACCGGUAGUAAGACGCUUGUUUUACAUCCUGACCUCGCUGGUCCACUUGGAUUAAUAGCCCAAGUGUCUACAUUAAAGCAUCACGGCGUAGAUAAGCUUUUCUGGCUAGAGAAUGGCCCUCUGAGAUCGACAACAACAAACCUCGUUUACUUUAGCAGACCAACUGUAGAAUCUACUAAGACGAUAACUGAUCAAAUACUACAAUCUAAUGAAGAAUAUCACAAUUACUUCAUCAUUUCUGUCCCUCGCACUACAAAACUAUUAGAGCAUCAAUUCUCUCAGGCUGGUUUACUAGAUAGCGUCACAUUCUUAGAAUUUCCAGUCGGUUUUAUUACCAUCGAGAAUGAUGUGCUGUCGUUAGAGUAUCAGAACAGUUACGUUGACUACUUCGUUAAUGGCAAUUCUACCAUCCUCUAUGACUCAAGUUCAGCUAUUUUAUCUUUAGAGAAGGAAUUUGGAGCAUUUCCCACAAUCGUCGGUAAAGGCAGAGCAGCUGAGGAACUCAUACCACUUAUCAGACGCAGAAGAUUGGAAGAGCAAUCUUUACAUUCCGACAACAAGAAAGAGGUCGAAAAUCUGAACUACUCAUCGAACACCUUUGACGCCUUGAUUGUGGUAGAUAGGUCGACUGACUUGAUAACACCUAUGUGCAUGGAAUUGACGUAUAACGGUUUAAUAGAUGAGUAUAUUGGGAUCAAGAAUGCGCAUAUAGAGGUUGAAGCUGCUUUGUUAGAUGGUACCCCCUCCACACCCUCAGUCUCAACUUCUGCAGCUAACAUGACUCCUAAGAAAAAGAGGAAGCAUCUGCUAUCAGCCGUGACUGACCCCGUUUAUGAGGAACUCCGCGAUAUAAACUUCUCACAGAUUGGAGUAUAUUUGAAUAGAAUAGCUAAAACAAUUGACCAGAGAUAUAAGGACAGACACAGUGCGAAGACAGUGAAAGAAAUCAAAGACUUCGUUGGUAAACUCGGAGGUCUUAAAUCAGAACAUCAAAGCUUGCGUUUACACACUGCUUUAUCUGAGUUACUCCUUGACGCAACAAAAAGUGAUACUUUCGGUACAGUGUUGGAGGUACAACAGAAUUUACUCGCUGGUUUCGAUUUUCAAUCACAAUUGUCAGCUGUCGAAGGACUCAUAUAUGAGGAAGCCCCUAUUCACAACGUCCUUCGUCUGCUCAUUCUAGGGCACAUAUGCGACGGAAACAUAAAAACCAAAACUCUUGACCAACUCAAAAAGGAUGUCUUGCAAACAUAUGGAUACCAAUACCUAACACUAUUGAUUAUUUUAGAAGAACAUAUACUCAAUAACCCUUAUUAUUUCACACAAAUACGCAAAAAUCUUAGACUUUUCGUAGAAGAUGUUAAUGAAGCCAUACCAACCGACGUCAGUUACUCUUAUUCAGGAUACGCGCCAUUGUCAUUGCGAAUGGUACAAUGUGCAGCCCAAAAAACCGCGGUGAAGAGUAGCCAACCUGAUCCUAAAACUCAACUAAAAGCCCACAAAGUGGAUGCCUUUAAUGGCUUUGUUGAUGCUUUGAAGCCAAUCAAAGGUGAUGUUAUAGUAGAUGAUUUUGAAGGACCAUCGAAUGACAAUGUUGUUGAGGAGGAUGUGAAAAAGACUCUCGUUUUCUUCGUUGGUGGCGUCACAUACUCUGAGAUUGCAUCUUUGAGAUUGAUGUCCAGUCAAAUUAAAGAUCGCGAAUUCGUUGUCGCUACUACAGAUAUGCUCAAUUCGGAAACAUUUUUCAAACAACUAUCGAAAACUUGAACAUGUAAUUAUAUGAAAUGUUUUUCAUUAUCAAAUGAGAUAGUUGGUGACAUACAUAAUAAUAUUCUAUAAUACAUAUCACUAAUAUGUUUUCAAGCUUCAGAGUAGAUG